UCUGAUCGAACACAAAAUUAAAAACAGAAACGCAACGCCUCUGAUACCAACUCUCUGGCGACGAUGCCUUCAAGGGCAUUAAUAAAAGAUCACCUGCAAGUGAAGCGAGGGGCUUUGCGGAGCGGACAGAUGUAUACAGCCAGUUCUUGACAGCGGUCAGCGUGAAGACAUCAUGGCAUCUGAGCUGGUUGAAUGCGUCCCCAACUUCUCUGAGGGCAAAAAUCAAGAGGUCAUUGAUGCCAUCUCAGCGGCCAUUAGCAGCACACCUGGAUGUACCCUGCUGGAUGUCGACCCCGGAGCCUCCACCAACCGGACCGUCUACACGUUUGUGGGCUCUCCUGAAGCUGUGGUGGAAGGAGCGCUGAAUGCCGCCCGUCAGGCAUUCAACCUCAUUGACAUGAGUAGCCACUCAGGUGAGCACCCUCGUAUGGGAGCGCUGGACGUCUGUCCUUUCAUUCCUGUCCAAAACGUCAGUAUGGAGGACUGUGUCCGCUGCGCCAACAUCUUCGGACAGAAACUGGCGGAUAUGCUGCAUGUGCCAGUGUUUCUAUACGGCGAAGCAGCAAGAAGCGAGGCACGGAGGAGUCUUCCGUCUGUGAGAGCCGGCGAGUAUGAAGCUUUAGCAGACAAGCUGAAACAGAAGGAGUGGGCUCCCGAUUUUGGCCCCGCCACCUUUGUGGCAUCAUGGGGCGCCACGGUUACGGGCGCUCGUAAGUUCCUCAUUGCCUACAAUGUAAACGUGAUCAGCACCAAGGAGCAGGCGCAUCGCAUCGCACUGGAUAUAAGGGAGCAGGGCCGAGGAAAAGACCAGCCAGGGUUACUGAAAAAGGUUCAAGCCAUCGGCUGGUACUUGGAUGAGGCCAAUCUCGCUCAGGUGUCCACCAACAUCCUGGAUUUUGAGCUAACGCCCCUCCACCGUGUCUAUGAGGAGAUCUGCAAGGACGCGGAGGAUCUGAAGCUGCCCAUCGUCGGCUCUCAGAUUGUCGGUUUGAUUCCUCUCAAAGCUCUUUUGGAUGCUGCGGACUUCUACAUUGCUCAGGAAGAGCUCUUCAUUGUGGAAGAGGAGCAUAAAGUGCGCUUGGUGAUCAGCAAGCUGGGUCUCGACUCUCUGGGUCCGUUCAAAGCAGAGGAGCGAAUAAUUGAGUACAUGGUGAGGUCAGAGGACAACGGCCGCCUGGCAUCUCUUUCCUUGCAGCAGUUUGUUCGCAGCGUUGGCGCUCGGACGGCCGCCCCUGGCGGAGGCUCCGUCUCUGCCGCCGUGGCUGCUCUGGGAGCAGCACUGGGUGCCAUGGUGGGCCAGAUGACAUAUGGCAAGAGGCAGUUUGAGGCUGUGGACGGCGUGAUGAGGAGACUGAUUCCUCCGUUUCAUGACGCCAUGAACGAGCUGCUGCGUAUGGUGGACAGUGACUCGUCUGCCUUCAACGCCUACAUGGCAGCGUUGAAGAUGCCCAAAAAUUCUAAGGAGGAAGUAAAAAGGCGUGAGGUGGCCUUGCAGGAGGGCCUAAAGCAAGCAGUGAGCGUGCCGUUGGCUCUGGCUGAGAGGGUGAGCACCCUCUGGCCAUCGCUUAAGGAGCUUGUCUUGUACGGGAACGUCAGCUGCAAAUCAGAUGUUCAGGUUGCAGUCAAAGCGUUGGAGACAGCGGUUUUCGGGGCCUACUACAAUGUCAUCAUCAACCUUCAAGACAUCACUGAUGACAGUUUCAAGAUGGAGACUCAGUCCAGAGUGUCGGCAUUAUUACAGGAGGCGCAAAAUUGCGCCUCCACCAUUCUUGAAGAUGCAGACAAGCAGACAUGAGCUUGCUCGUCUGGGUCCUUUGAAAAAUUGUGUUGAGCAAAUUCAACGCAACAUUGUGAUGCCGGAUGACGGCAGAAAUGUUUGACCAGAAGUCAUUAAAAAGUCUUUGCUUUGGGUC